UCAGUGCCAGGAGAGGGGCCACAAGCUGACAACUGAUACUGAGUCUGACACUGGGGCCCUGAUCUGCGAAGAUGCUCCGGCCUCUCCUGCUCCUCAUCAGCCUCCCUGUGGCCCUAAGUGCCCUGGAGUUCCCAGUGUAUCGUUUGCAGGAGUACAGCCUGAGGGGCCACACACACGGCUGCAGGAAUGCGUUGGUCCAGGCAGAGAGUCGGACGCUGGAGGCGGAGCUACUGAGCCGUCACUGCGUUAUCAUGAGAUUGACAGAUUUCUCCACAGACAAAUGGCACCAAGUUCUCAGCCAACCAGCGGGUGCCCUGCUCAUUCUGGUUCCAGAGAACAUCUCAGGGGCCCCGCAGGACCCACAACAGGGGUUCCUGGAGGGAGAGAGUCAGAUGCUGAGGAACGACACGUGGCUCCCCAUUUACUUUGCGCUGGAACAGGAGGAGCUGCUGUGGCUCUAUGAGGAGAGUAAAUCCGUGUCACAGUCUCUAAGCUCCUCCUCCGCUCUGCAAGUUAUAUUCGGACUGGUUAUGGGCAAUGGAUUUCAGAUGGUGACUGGUGAGACCCAAAGCCAACCAAUGAGCAACGCAGCCAUUGUCACCAUAGAGGGGCAACUGAGAGGCCGAGGGGAUCCUGGAGAACUUCCCACUGUGGUUAUUGUAGCCCAUUAUGACUCUGCAGGAGCCGCUCCAUGGUUGGCGUUUGGGGCCGACUCGAAUGGGAGUGGAGUGGCCGUACUUCUGGAAAUCAUGCGCCUCUUUCACCGGCUGUACAGUGACCCGCUGAGCCAGGCCAGGUACAACCUGCUCUUCUCUCUCACCGGGGCUGGAAAGUUCAACUAUUAUGGGAGCAAGCGGUGGAUAGAGGAGCAUCUCGAUCAUUUAGAAACCAGUCCAUUGCAUGAAAAUGCGGCUUUUGUCCUUUGUCUGGACUCACUGGCCAAUGGGAACGAGCUGCACAUCCACGUUUCCAGGCCUCCCCAGGAGGGGACUGCACAGUGGCAGUUCAUCAAGGACCUUGAGUCGGUCAUCAAGUUUCCCCACUUUCAAGGGGUUAAUGUGUCAGUGAUCCACAAGAAGAUAAAUUUGGGGGAAGACACGUUGUCAUGGGAACAUGAGCAGUUUAGCCUGCGGCGUAUCCCAGCAUUCACUGUGUCACAUCUGAAGAGCCACCGGCACGGCCUGAGAAGCUCCAUCUUGGACACCAGAUCUCAGGUGGAUACGGAGAAACUGAGGAGAAACACUCACGUCCUGUGUGAGGCGCUGCUGAGAUUCCUGUAUAGAGACUCCCUGAAGGAAAUUCCAAAGGAUUUUCUGGUGUUUCAGGGGGAAAUGGAGGUGGAUGAGUCUCGACUAAUGGCCACCCUGGAUUGGUUGGUGUCCCAGCCUCGUGCCGCCCAACUAAUAGGGGAGAAGCACCCACUGCUCAGCACCCUGGAGCAUCAGUUCAGGAAACACCUGAGGGACACCAAGCGCCAUGUGUUCCGUCCUGAUGAAAGUGACCCCGAGUUUGUUUUCUAUGAUCAGCUGAAACAGACUAUGACGUCCCACAGAGUGAAACCCGCGGUGUUUGACCUGUUCAUGGCAUUUCUCAUUGCCGGGUACUUGGCACUGACCCACCUGGCCAUUCAGAGCUUUGGUCCCCUGUACAGUAAAUUUGCCCAGCUGGUUGGCAAACAGAAGAGACAGUGACCCCCAUGGGGCAGAAGAGAAAUUGUGCCCUUGGCUGCCAUGUUGGAAGAGAUGGACAAGCUCUGUACAACCCUAGGACUGGACUUGUUGGGCUACACAUUAGCACUAUGGCAGCACCACAUACUCACUGCUGAUAGGCCCCAGACUGGCACAGACCAUUGGGCACACUGGCACCUGAGAGGAGGCGGAGUCUGGCCAUUUUGUGUGGUUCUCACAGGCCACAACAGCAACUGAGAAUUCUCCAGAAUAAAAUGGCCGACCUGUUACCCAGAAUUCCUGCAGUGCCUGUGUACAUGUCCUGAUGCUCAUUGGCUGUUCCUUUAGAACAAAUCAGAACUGGGUCCAAUGAUAAGGGCAGUGCCGUGUGUCCCUUUCCCAAUAGAGCAGCAGAACCUACCAGUUCCCAUCUGAUUUCUCUCCAGUCCUAAUGGGGGCCCACCUUCUCCUGAACUGCCCCUUCAUAUAGGGGCCACACAUUGGACCUGCCUCCCCUAAUAUAGAAAAAUAGAAUUUAAUGGCAGAAAAAGACCAGGUGGUCUGUCUAUCCUGUCCAUUAAGUUCUCAGCACUCAUAUACUUAUUGAUCUUUUAGUAAUCAAUGUCUCCACCACCCCUGCUGAGAGUCUGUUCCCUGUAUCUCCCCUUUCAUUAUGUUCCCUAAUGUCAGUUGUCCUCCCUGCAGCACCGUGCUGGGCCCCUGGAUAUUGCUGGUUCCUUGAUUGAUGAUGAAGAUCAAGAUGAACCUUUUAGAUCUGGUUUCUUUGUAUUUUUCAUGAUUACACAUGUCCCUCUAAAUAUUGUGUGAAUAAAGAAUCUUUGCUUUCGA